GCCCCGUAGCCGCCGCCGCCCGUGCGCGUCUCCGGGCGGCGUCGCCAUGGCUGCCCGUGGGGGCGUCGCAUCCCCGGGUGAGGGGCUACGCUACGCUGAGUACCCGCCGCCCACCGCUAAAAGGCCUGACGCCGACAUCGACCACGAUCUGGCAAGAAGAGUGAUAGCUGUAGGACUGGGUGUUGCAACUCUUGCAUUUGCAGGUCGUUAUGCAUUUCAGAUAUGGAAACCUUUACAACAAGUAAUCUCAGAAACUGCAACGAAGCUUUCAUCUCCUAGCAUUUCAUCCUACUAUAGAGGAGGAUUUGAACAGAAAAUGAGUAGGCGAGAAGCUAGUCUUAUUUUAGGUGUAAGCCCAUCUGCUGACAAGGCUAAGAUUAGAGCAGCUCACAGGAGAAUCAUGAUUUUGAAUCACCCAGAUAAAGGUGGAUCUCCAUACUUAGCAACCAAAAUAAAUGAAGCCAAAGACUUGCUAGAAGCAACCUCCAAACAUUGAUUGAUUACACCAAAGGGAGAAAAAUGUGGGACUUCUAAACUCUGGUGUUAAUUUCCAACCACAUAUUGACUAUAAUCUUCCUCCAUCUUUAAGAUAAGUAGCAAUAAAAGAUUAAUAGCCAUGCUUUUAAAUUUUAAAGAAACACGUAUCUUUUAUAGCUGAUAUUUUUUCUUAUUUUCUGUGUGAUAUUAAUACUUUUAAGAUUUCUUGAUAAUAUUAGUACUCAAAUUCCCCACUGUUCCCCUCUACACAUAGACACACACUCAGUAUGACCACCAUGAGUGCAACUAGGAUUUAUGAGUGAUGAACAGACAUUUUCUUAUUGCUUAUAUUUGUGCCCUAGUUGUCUCUUGUUAAAGUAUUUGAGGUUCUGUCUAUUUAGGUGCUUUAGAUUUUUUGAAAGCAAACAGUGGCUGCCACCUCAUGGGAAAAGAUUUGAAAUAUAAUUUACUAAGUGGUGAUUUGUAAAGUAAUGAUUAGGACUUGUUAAAGAAUUCUGCUCUCCCUGAGACCAUAUAGCUAAAGCAUGAGAACUUAAGAGAGCCACUAAAAUGAUUAAAGAUUUACCAAAUGAGCCCUUUGAGGAAAGACUGAAAAGAGCUGGGAGAAAUCUGAGGAGCAUAUAUUUAAUAAUAGUCUUCCUGUAAUUUAUAUUUAUUAAAUUAUUCAUUCUGCAAAUAUUUAUUGACCACAUAUGAUGUGUAAGGCACUACAGUGGGUCCUCAGAGAGUUACAAGUAUGAGCUAGUCAUGAAUCCUGACCCAGAGGAAUUUAGAGAGAGAGAGAAAGGAUAAAUCAUAUAAUGAUAAAUACUGUUAGGUAGGCUCAGAUGAUAUAUUCAAGUUCAAAAGAAGUAAAGAGCAUUGUAAAGCGCAGCUCAUCAGAGUGGGUUCAUGGAACAAAUGACAUAAUGCUGGGCUUUUAAAAUUAGUAAGAGCCUGUCAAGCACAAAGUCCUAAGUGAAAAACCCAGAAGUACACAUAAACAUG